CGGUGUGCUAUGGUGGAUGGAGGCUAGAGCCAUAGCAGGGGCUCACACGCGUGGGGCGGCCACAGCGCCAGCAUCCUGAAGGAACUUCUGGAAGGGAGAAGCCGGGAAGUCGGCAGAGCGGAUGCAACAGCGCGCACCCCUGCAGCCUGAGGAUAACACUGAGCCUCUUCCUCCCCGGCCCAGGUCUGCGCGCGCAGGCUGCACCUGCCCGCGCACCCGGGCCGCCACGUGCUGUGGCCCCGCCCCGCUCCAGUCCUCGCUCCCCCACGCGUUCCCCGCCCCGUGCGGCUCCGCUCCGCUAGGCUGCGCAGGGCACCGGGCGACCGAGAAGGGACCGCGUCGCCUCUCCCUCCCCCUACUCGCCCCCACCCUCUCGCUCUCCCCCGGCGGGCGGGGCCGCAGCCGCGCACCGUGGGCUCGCGCCCCGCCUUUGUCUCCCGCGCUCGCUGCCGGCUGCCAGAGCCGCUUUGUGCGGCGCGGCCGCGGCUCAGCAUGGACGUGACGGUGUCGCAGCUCGUUGAGCUGUUUCUGCAGAGUCCGCUGGUGACCUGGGUGAAAACUUUUGGCCCGUUUGGAAGUGGCCACCAGGACAACUUGACUCUGUACAUGGAUUUAGUGGACGGCAUCUUUUUGAACCAAAUCAUGUUGCAAAUAGACCCCAGGCCAAGCAACCAGCGUAUCAACAAGCACGUCAACAAUGACGUCAACCUGCGCAUUCAAAACCUGAGUAUCCUGGUGAGGAACAUCAAGACCUACUACCAGGAAGUUCUCCAGCAGCUGAUCGUAAUGAACUUGCCCAAUGUUUUGAUGAUUGGCAAAGACCCACUGUCUGGGAAGAGCAUGGAGGAGAUUAAGAAGGUGCUGCUGCUGGUGCUGGGCUGUGCUGUUCAGUGUGAGAGAAAAGAGGAAUUCAUUGAGAGAAUCAAACAGCUGGACAUCGAGACCCAGGCUGGCAUUGUGGCUCAUAUCCAGGAGGUGACCCACAACCAGGAGAAUGUGUUUGACCUGCAGUGGCUGGACUUACCUGAUGUGGCCCCAGAGGAGCUGGAGGCCCUCUCGAGAAACAUGGUGUUCCACCUCCGCAGACUCAUCGAUGAGCGUGACGAGUGUACUGAGCUGAUCGUGGACCUGACACAAGAGAGAGACUACCUCCAGGCACAGCACCCUCCCAGCCCUGGCAAGUUCUCUAGUCCGGACUCCACACCAAGCCCCACCAGCAGCCUGUCCAGUGAGGACAAGCAGCACCUGGCUGUGGAGCUGGCUGACACCAAGGCCAGGCUGCGGCGCGUCCGGCAGGAGCUGGAGGAGAAGACAGAGCAGCUUGCAGACACCAGACACGAGGUGGAUCAGCUGGUCCUGGAGCUUCAGAAGGCCAAGCAAGACAAUAUUCAGCUUGCAGCUGAUGCCCGGUCAGCCCGGGCCUAUCGGGAUGAGCUGGACUCGCUGAGGGAAAAGGCGAACCGUGUGGAGAGGCUGGAGAUGGAGCUGGUACGCUGCAAGGAGAAGCUGCACGAUGUCGACUUCUACAAGGCUCGCAUGGAGGAACUGAGAGAAGAUAACAUCAUCUUAAUCGAGACGAAGGCCAUGUUGGAGGAACAACUGACUGCCUCCCGGGCUCGCAGCGAUAAAGUCCACGAGCUGGAGAAAGAGAACCUACAGCUGAAAUCUAAACUCCAUGACUUGGAACUGGAUCGGGACACUGACAAGAAACGGAUUGAGGAGCUGCUGGAAGAAAACAUGGUUCUGGAGAUCGCACAGAAGCAGAGCAUGAACGAGUCGGCCCACCUGGGCUGGGAGCUGGAACAGCUGUCCAAGAACGCGGACUUGUCCGACGCCUCCAGGAAAUCCUUCGUGUUUGAGCUGAAUGAGUGCGCCUCCAGCCGCAUCCUGAAGCUGGAGAAGGAGAACCAGAGCCUCCAGAGCACCAUCCAGGGUCUGCGGGAUGCGUCGCUGGCGCUCGAGGAGAGCAGCCUCAAGUGUGGGGAGCUGGAGAAGGAGAACCAGCAGCUUAGCAAGAAGAUUGAAAAGUUACAAACGCAGCUGGAGAGAGAAAAGCAGAGUAACCAAGACCUGGAGACACUGAGUGAGGAGCUGAUUCGAGAGAAGGAACAGCUGCAGAGUGGCAUGGAGGCCCUGAAGGCGGACAGGGCCAGGCAGAUAAAAGAUCUGGAGCAGGAGAAGGGCCACCUCCACCAAGCUGUGUGGUCACUGCGGGAGAGACCGCAAGUCAACAGCAUGAAGGAUGUGGAGAAGGAAAACAGAACCCUUCACCAGGCUGUGACCGAGGCAGGCAGCAAGCUCAGCCAGCUGGAGUCGGAGAAGAAGCAGCUGCACCGAGACUUGGAGGAGGCCAAGGAGAAGGGAGAGCGCGCAGAGGUGCUGGAGAAGGAGCUGCACCGGCUGGAGAAAGAGAACGAGCAGCUGACCAAGAAGGUGACCUCCCUGAAGACGGUCACUGAAAAGGUCGAGGCCCUGGAGCAUGAGAGCCAGGGUCUGGAGCUGGAAAACCGGACGCUGAGAAAGUCCUUGGACACCCUGCAGAACGUGUCUGUGCAGCUCGAGGGCCUGGAGAGGGACAACAAGCAGCUGGAUCAGGAGAACCGGGAGCUGCGCAAGAUGGUGGAGGCCAUGCGCUUCACCAGCGCCAAGAUGGCGCAGAUGGAGACGGAGAACCAGCAGCUGGAGAGGGAGAAGGAGGAGCUGCGCAGGAAUGUGGAGAUGCUGAAGACCUUAAGCAAGAAGUCGGAGCGCCUGGAGCACAGCUACCAGAGCGUGAGUGCUGAGAACCUGCAGCUGCAGCACAGCCUGGAGAGCAGCAACCACAAGUCUCAGGCCCUGCAGAGGGAGCUGAGCGAGCUGGAGGCUGAGCGCCAGGCCCUGAAGCGAGACCUAGAAACUCUGCAGCUCGCCAACAAACAGCUCGAGGGGGCUGAGAAAGACAGGAAGGCCCUGGAGCAGGAGGUGGCCCAGCUGGAGAAGGACAAGAAACUGCUGGAGAAAGAGACCAGACGCCUAUGGCAGCAGGUGGAGCUCAAGGACGCUGUCCUGGAUGACAGUGCGGCCAAGCUGUCGGCGGCCGAGAAGGAAAGCCGCGCGCUGGACAAGGAGCUGGCCCGCUGCCGGGAUGCGGCCAGCAAGCUGAAGGAGCUGGAGAAGGACAACAGGGACCUCACCAAGCAGGUCACCGUGCACACGAGGACGCUCACCACCCUGAGAGAGGACCUGGUGCUGGAGAAACUGAAGAGCCAGCAGCUGACCAGCGAGCUGGACAAACUGAGCCAGGAGCUGGAGAAGGUCGGCCUCAGCAAGGAGCUGCUGCUGCAGGAGGAUAACAGUCAUGGUGACACAAAAGGCAAGAUUUGGGAAAGCAAAAACGAAUCCUCAUUGAAAACAACACUAGCUAUGAAAGAAGAAAAGAUUGUGUUUUUGGAGGCACAAGUGGAAGAGAAAGAGAGCUUGAAUCACCAACUCCAGAUCGAGCUGCAGAUGGUAAAGAAAGAAUGUGAGCAGCUCAGGAAGACCCAGGAGGAUGGAACCCAGGCGCAGAACGUGCAGAAGCACGCUCCAGACAAGGUCACCAGUCACCAAGAGAAGGAGGCCUGGGGACCCAGCCACAAAGAGGCCACCAUGGAGCUACUCCGUGUGAAGGACCGGGCCAUCGAGCUGGAGCGCAGUAACGCAGCUCUUCAGGCGGAGAGGCAGUUGCUGAAGGAGCAGCUGCAGCACCUGGAGACUCAGAACGUGUCCUUCAGCAGCCAGAUCCUGACGCUACAGAAGCAGAGCGCCUUCCUACAAGAGCACACCACCACGCUGCAGACGCAGACUGCAAAGCUGCAGGUGGAGAAUUCCACACUGAGCUCCCAGAAUGCAGCGCUCAGUGCACAGUACACCAUGCUACAGAGCCAGCACGCCGCCAAGGAGGCGGAACACGAGAGUCUGCAGCAGCAGCAGGAGGAGCUGGCGGCUGUCUAUGAAGCCUUGCUUCGGGACCACGACCGCCUGGGUGCCCUGUACGAGCGCCAGUCCUCAGAGUACGAGGCCCUCAUCUGCCAGCACAGCUGUCUGAAGACGUUGCACAGGAACCUGGAGCUGGAACACAAGGAGCUUGGAGAGAGGCACGGAGACUUACAGAAGCGUAAGGCAGAACUGGAGGAGCUGGAAAAAGCCCUGAGCACUGAGCGGGAGGUUCUGCAGCAGGAACAGAGGACCAGUGCCAUCGCCACGAGCGAGAACCAGAGGCUGCGAGGAGAGCUGGACAGGAUCAGUUUCCUGCACCACCAGCUGAAGGGGGAAUAUGAGGAGCUGCACGCCCACACCAAGGAGUUGAAAACCUCGCUGAACAACUCUCGGCUGGAGCUGAACCGCUGGCAGGCACGCUUUGACGAGCUGAAAGAGCAGCACCAGAACAUGGACAUCUCUCUGACCAAGCUGGACAACCACUGUGAGCUGCUCUCCCGUCUCAAGGGGAACUUAGAGGAGGAGAAUCAGCACCUGCUGAGCCAGAUCCAGCUGCUGAGCCAGCAGAACCAGAUGCUUCUAGAACAGAACAUAGAGAGCAAGGAGCAGUACCACGAGGAACAGAAGCAGUACAUAGACAAGUUAAACGCCUUACGGAGACACAAGGAAAAACUGGAAGAAAAAAUCAUGGAUCAGUACAAGUUCUAUGACCCUGCUCCAAAGAAGAAGAACCACUGGAUCGGAGCCAAAGCCCUAGUCAAACUUAUCAAGCCAAAGAAAGAAGGCUCCAGAGAACGGUUAAAAUCCUCGGAUAGCCCCCCCUGGCAGCUAGAGUCCUCAGACCCCGCCUCACCACCUGCCUCCCAGACCCUCAGACCACAGACGGAGAACUCUGACAACCCCCCAUCGGGCUCAAACUGCACAGAAGAGAGAGACACCCACAACGGGCCUGUGGGGAAAGGCCCCGGGGAUCUAAAACCAAAACGAGGGUCCCCACGUGGAGGCACUGUUGACCGCACGGACACCUCCACUGACCCAGCUGUGAAGUCCUGGCCCUCAGAGCCUGGCUCCCGGAGUUUUUCGACCUCAGCCACCACGGCAGCCCUUUCUAGCUCCACUCCUAUCCUUAAACACCUAGGCCGCACCAAAGGUUGUAACUCAGAUGACAACCUCUGCGAGCCAUCCCCCGAGCCCGAGGGCCCCUACCACAGGCAGCAGGUGUCUCGGCCAAACAGCUUGGAGAGCAGCAGGAGCACAUCCAGCAACAGCUCGCCUUUGAGCCUCAAGGGUUCCUCCGACCAUCUGCACAGCCGGUGUGAGAGCUUCAGCAGUGCAGACCUGAUCCCCAGCAGGGACCCUACCACACUGUCCCGGGAUGGCAGCACCCCAGGACGUGGUCUUCUCGGCCGCCAUGAGUACCCUCCACCCCGGAAUGGGCCUGUCCCCCAGGAGAAUAUCCAGAAGAAGGGUGCAGCUUCAGCCCACACUGGGGUGCGACCCCACUCAGCCUCUCCCAGCAGUGAGAUGGUCACCUUGGAGGAAUUUUUAGAGGAGAGUAACCGUGGCUCUCCUACCCAUGAUACGCCCAGCUGCCGUGAUGACCUGCUUAGUGACUACUUCCGAAAGGCCCAUGAUCCCCCAGCCAUGGGAGGCCAGCCAGGACCACCAACUAGGAAAGAAGGAGCCAAGAUGCCCACCAGCUUCGUGGCUCCCACCGUCAAGAUGCCAGUCAGCACCUCUGAGGGGCAGCAGCUGAAGCCAGGGCAUUAUGUAAAGCCCAACCUGAGACCAUCUGAAGCCGAGGCUCUGGCUGGGAUCCCUUCAAGACAGGUCCAGCCUCCCCAGAGCCUGUCUCUGGGUAGACCCAGGCAAGCCACAAUGUCCCAAACUUGUCACGUGCCUGUCAGCCGAAGUGCGUCUCUGAGCAGAGCUUUCAGCCUGGCUUCAGCUGACCUCCUCAGGGCCAGUGGGCCAGAAGCCUGCAGGCCAGAGUCUCCUCAGAAGCCAGGGUGUCCUGAGGCUGUAGGAACCAGAGAGACAAGCGGCCACAGCCUGCAAGGCUCCCAUAUCCUACCCCGGGAGAGGACUCCAAUCGUAGGAAAAGCUGACAGUUCCUCUCCAGGCCCAGGCACCCGAGGACGGCCACUGGACACAAGGCGCUUCUCCCUGGCUCCCCCGAAGGAAGAGAGGCUGGCCCCCCUACAGCAGUCUGCCACAGCCCCAGCCCUUGCUACUGGAUGUGGCAGUGGUAGCAACCCCCAGAUCCAGCACUUUUCUCCCACUGUGGCUCCUGCGGUCAGGACAAAACCCAAAGGGCCACAGCACUCAGGGGAGGUGGCCACUGUAGCUCCUGUGCGUCCAGGGCUUGGCACCUCAGAGGGAGAUGGGGGCCCAGGGCAUGGUUACAGCGAGGGGCUCCUCACCAAAAGCCCUGGUAGGUCUUCUGACUUGGCUCCCCAUGUCAAAAGGGGCCCUGAUGACUUCAGUCAAGGGAGCAGCUCAAAGAGCACACCAGCAUCCCCAGAGCCGGGUGGGGACCCACAGACAGUGUGGUAUGAAUACGGUUGUGUGUGACUCACGUGGCGGAUCUGCAGCUUGCAAACGCUAGGCUGCUGGUUAUGCCUUCUGAUUACAACGGCCUUUUCCCCUGCUGGCCUGUGGUGUUGGGGGAGGGGGUAUAGAAUGAGGAGUGGGGUUCCCGCACACUCAUCCGAUUGGCUGAUGGAAACACCGUGCCAAGCCCUAAGAGGAUUGCCCUCCAGGGUCUGUAACUUCUAUAGCUGCAGCUCCCAGCAGCUGGUAUCUUACGGACAAAUCAGUUUAGCAUGGGGACCGCUUAGGAGUCAGUGGCACAACGAAUUUACCCAGAAACAGACACUACUUGAGUAGGAAUACUCCUCUGCAACCUGUCGACCUCCACUAAAGAGCGAGUGCACGUGUGAAUACACACACAUGUACUAGGCUCACAAAGCUAAGCCCUGGUGGGUCUGGAAACCACUCCUGCCUAAAAGCCAUUGGUCCUAGGAAAAUCUUACUCUGGGAAAGGAUUUGCAGAGUAGGGGGAAAGCCUGCAGCAGGGCUGGCUGUUAAACCCAGGACCGCCUGCCAUCCCAUUCCUGAGGUCCAAGCACUUCCCUUUACAGCAGACCAAGCUUUAGGAUCAGCCACAGGGUGCUUGGUAGCUGGCUCAUGGGCCCUGCCUAGUAGACGUUAAGGCUGCCUAGGAACCAGCCUUUUGGGACUUCCUAGACUACUUUACUACAAACACUGGAUCUGCCAGGCCUUGACUGUGAGGCAGUGAGCCCUGAGUGUCCCAGGCUGGCAGGAGUAGUUACUACACAGAAGGAAGGCCAAAGCCACAUUCACCUGGUAAUGUGGCGGCUGCACCCAGCCUUCCUUGGCUCAGACGGAACUUUUUUUUUUUCUGAAUAACUUUUUGGGGGUAGAAACCAAAUUUCUUUAAUAUAUAUAUACACAUAUGGAUAACUAUGUAUACACACUUUGGGGGCCUAUUUAUGUUCCAUUGUAAGUCAUUCUUUGUCUGUCUGGUCUGCUUCCUGAUGUGUUUUGUUUCCUAUUGUAAUGGUGCUUUUCCUGGGAUGGACUAAACGGUUUAUUUUCUGUUCUGAUUAAUGUGCUGAGAAAGAAACGGGAGACCUUGAAUGUUGACAGGAUCCAUGGUGAGGGUGUUUGGGUUAUGUGUUAAAUAGCCAUUCGUUCUGGAAGACCAGGACGGGGCCAUAAUAAAGUGGAAAGGACUGUGA